AUGAGCGAUUUGGAAUUGAGCCAAGCCUGCGCCGGCGAUUUGGUGUUCCUUGCCAAAGAAACAUCCGCAUGCUCAUUUGAGCGAGCGGUCAGCGACGUCGCUUCGUCGCCAUACUAUCAUGUGGCCAUCGUCGGACGUGACAAGCGACUGCUUCAUGCAUCAACACGCGGCGUUCUCAGCCAGUCAUUGGAGGAAUUCCUCAACGAAUAUGAACCGCAUCGCAUGGAAAUCGUUCAUGUCAAGGCACCCGAAAAGGCUAAGCGCGAUGCGGCUGCGUUCGCUGAAUCGAAAGUCGGCAUGCCAUACAACGAUAUAUUCACUCCGAAUCGCAUAAAUUCUCAGGGGCAAGAGUCCUAUUACUGUAGCCAAUUGAUCACCGAAGCCUACGAUGGGGCCGUUCAUUUUCCUGAACAUAAACUGAAUUUCAAAGACAAGGAUGGUGAUUUCUUAGAGUAUUGGCUGAAGUAUUACAGGGAGAGGGGUAUUGAUAUCCCCCAAGAUGAUCAAGGUUCUCAUCCAGCAUCACUUCGUAGGUCGCCACUGCUUGAUAUGAAGCUCACCAGACACCUGCAGAAGAAGAUACUGAACUGUAAGAACGUCACCAAUGCACUGCAUUACAUUGGUGGAGCUGCCGUGAGAUUGACCACUGGGAAGAAAUUCCAAGUGAUUGAGCCGAGAAGUGCGCUCACUGAAAUUGUAGGAUCCACAUUGACGGAAUGUCAUGCUGCAACACCGGAUGAGGUCGACCGAGCCGUUGCUACAGCACAGGAAGCCCAGAAAACGUGGUCCAAGAUGGGAUGGCUUGAAAGAGGUCUUGUGCUGAGAAAUGUUGCAAAGCUACUACGGGAGCACUGUGAAGUGAUUGCCAGAUGGGAAUGUAUCGACAGCGGAAAGCCGAUCACUGAAGCUCGAAUGGAUGUGCUUAGUUGUGUGGAUACGUUCAACUACUAUGGAGGAGCCAUCUAUUCCCAAGCCGGCCAGCAUAUUCCGUUGGGAAUUGAGCGCUUCGCCUACACAAAAAGAGAACCUUUGGGUGUUGUUGGAUGCAUUGGUACAUGGAACUAUCCGAUACAAACCUGCUCAUGGAAAGUGGCACCAGCCCUGGCAUGUGGCAACGCCGUCGUUUACAAACCAAGUCCCCUAGCCCCGAUUUCUGCUGUGAUUUUGGCCCAAAUAUUGCAGUUGGCUGGUUUGCCCGAAGGCACGUUCAAUGUGAUUCAGGGUGACGCAGAGACUGGCCAAGCUCUUGUUCUACAUCCUCUUGUCAAGAAGGUCUCCUUUACAGGAGCUGUCCCGACGGGUAAAAAAAUCAUGCAGGACUGUGCAGCUCGAAAUGUGAAACCAAUUACACUGGAAUUGGGUGGUAAAGCAUCCUUAAUAAUCUUCGAAGACGCCGAUAUUGAGUCUGCUGUCGCGGGUGCAAUGAUGGCAAAUUUUUACAGUCAAGGCCAAGUUUGCACUAACGCUAGUAAGGUACUUGUGCACCGUUCAGUAGAAGACAAUUUCGUCGCCUCAUUACGAGAGAAGACAAAAGCGAUGAAAAUUGGCGAUCCCCUCGAAGAGACGACGCGAGUCGGUGCCCAUAUUUCGCGCGAACACAUGGAGAAAGUGAAAAAGUAUAUCGAUGGUGCAAAGGCGGCAGGUGCACGUGUCAUCUGUGGAGGCGAGCCAGUACAAGUUAACGGCCUCGAGGCGGGUUUCUACCUUUCACCGUGUAUUCUCUCCAACAUCCGUAAGGACAUGGACGUCUAUCGUGAGGAGAUAUUUGGCUCAGUUCUUCUUAUCAUCCCCUUUGAUACUGAAGAAGAAGCGAUUGGUAUAGCCAACGACACGACACUGGGUCUUGCCGCUGGUCUUUUUACCAAAGAUUUGGCAAGAGCUCAUCGUGUUGCUGAUCGUCUUCAUGCUGGAAACGUCUAUGUGAACACGUACAAUGACGUCUCACCGUUCGUACCCUUCGGCGGCUAUGGCGAUUCGGGUUUCGGCCGUGAGAAUGGUGUCGCCGCUCUCGAACAUUACUCCCAAAUAAAGUCUGUGUUUGUUUCAAUAGCAUCAAAAUUGGAAAAUCCAUUCAAGUGA